ACAGCUAACGUUAGCUUGGAUAGCAACUGAAAAAGAGAGAAACGUUAGUGAGGUUUGCCAGCUAACAUAUCCGGCUUAUGGCUACUUGUCACAUCACGUAACGUUAGUUUCAACUCAAGCGGUAUUACAGUUGUAGUUGGGUAAUCUUCAUUUUUGCGAAUUAUUGUACUAGACUUCUCGGUGAAUUAGAUUUUGGACAUUUAAUGUUAAGACAUUGCAGCUUAAACGUUAUGAAAGUUAGCUUGUAAGCUAACUAACGUUACCAUGUUCUGGUUGGCAAAGAAGCCUCAUAGAGAAACUUUGUGCAGCGUUGUGAACAACCACGACAUGAACACCAAGGGCCAGCCUGUCAUUUUCAACCCAGACUUCUUUGUAGAGAAACUUCGUCAUGAGAAGCCAGGCGUUUUUACCGAUCUUGUGCUAAGCAACAUUACACGACUCAUUGAUUUGCCAGGGGUAGAGUUUGCUCAACUUUUGGGGGAAGUUGAAACUAAAGUACCUAUCUCCACUGGCUUCCUCCGAUCCUUCAAUUUCCUCAAACGCAAAGAUAAGGGAGUCAUAUUUGGAGCUCCUAUAACAGAAGAGGGAAUAGCACAAAUAUACCAACUCAUUGAGUACCUUAGCAAAAGCCUGCAUGUGGAGGGUCUCUUCCGAGUGCCGGGGAACAGCAUCCGGCAGCAGGCCCUGCGAGAGAUGCUCAACAACGGGGCGGACAUCGACCUGGAGACGGGGGACUACCACCCCAAUGACGUGGCCACCGUGCUCAAGGUCUUCCUGGGGGAGCUGCCAGAACCGCUGCUGACUCAACGUCACUUCCACGCCCAUCUCAAAAUAGUCGAGCUCACAAUCCUGGACGAGGGGGGCAACAAGAGCAGCACUCCAGAUAAGGAGCGUCAGAUCCAGGCCCUCCAGCUCCUCCUCAUGCUUCUGCCCCCCGCCAACCGCAGCCUGCUCAAGCUACUCCUGGACCUGCUCUACCAGACAGCCAAACACCAAGACAAAAACAAGAUGUCAGCCUCCAAUCUGGCCCUCAUGUUCGCCCCACACAUCAUUUGGCCAAAAAGAGUGCACGCUAAUGAUCUAAAGGAGAAUAUUAACAAGCUGAAUGAUAGCAUCACUUUUCUCAUCAAGCACUCUCAGAAAUUGUUCAGGGCACCUACCUACGUCAGAGAACUUGCUAGAAUGCAUUUCGUAGGAUCAAAGUCAAAGGAUGACAUGGACCUCGGCGGAUGCAUCCCCCACCUUAGUGUCACGGUGGUGCCCAGCAAGAGGCCCUGUGUGGAGGACAGCUCCACCGGGGCGGCGCCGCACACGCAGGAGGCCCUUCGAGAGCUCUUCAACCACGUCAGCAACAUGCCCGACUCCGCCAAGAAGAAGAAGCUCAUACGCCAGUUCAAUAAGCAAGAACCUUCUGGAACUCCUGUGUCCACCCGGUCAUCAGUCAAGAAGCACAGUCGCUCUCGUACCUUCAGUGGGAUAAUAAAGAGGAAGGUUCUAGGGAGUCAAGCGGCAGGUGACAAGGGGGAUCGACACGUUUCAACCGAGUCUCCUGUAGUCCUGAGUCAAGGCAAAGAGAAAGUGGGUUCCACGUCUUUCUCAAGGGCAUGCCUUUCACCAGGAGAGCAGACUACUAUUGGCAAACUUCAAUAUUAAUUUUGGGAAAAAAAGUUGUUCUUAGGAGCAAGCUACCUUUUACUGAGCUGUCCACCUCCCCCCAAAUGGAAGAUGCGGUCACUGUUAGAUAUAACGUCUCUUGUCAUGUCCCAGGAGGAGUUGAUUUUAGUGUCUGGUUUUACAGAGAUCACUCAUGGAUUAUACAGAUCUCAAAUUCAGUAAUAUAAAGUAUAUUCUAGGGCAAACACAGAUUUUUUUUAUUUCAUUACAUUUUAUGAAAUGCUUUUAAUUUUUCUAGAGGUUUUAUAGUAUUUAUUAAUGCUCUUUUUUAAUAUCCCUUAAAGCUUUUUGUCAAGCAUAUACACAUUAACUCUAUCCAUCUCAGCUGGAUUUAGCAAUUGACUUUUUGUUCAUCUGAUCAGCUGAAUUGAUCAUCUGUGGCCACUCUGACACAAAUGUGACGUGUGUUAAUGAUGUUUGGCCUGUAUUAUUUAUUAGGUGGCGAGAGAAGUUUAGAAAAGAUGUGACCAAUAUUUGUUGAUAGCACUGGGGGAGGUCUUGAGGGGUGUAAGUGGUGUGUAAAAUGGUGGAACGGUUUUGUGAUGGUAAUAGUCCCUUCAGACUUUGGAUGACUGGAUGUUUUGAAUUACAUGGGAGAUUAUAACAUUAAAAAAAUACUUGAGACAUUUGGCCAUUUAAAACAUCAAAAAGUUAAAGCUAAGUUCUUUGUCUUAAUUCCACCAUUUAGCUCAUGUCAGGAUAUAGUUGUGAAAGCGUACUUGGUGUGUUGGGCAGCCACAAGCUUGAGUUAUUUGAAAUGAAAGGAGUUUUUUUGUGUCCGGAUGUCUGUGGUAAGGAAAUUGUAUGUGGCUCAGAAGGUUUUGAAGGUGCUUUUUGUGUUUUUGGUACUAGUCACCACCAUAGUCUAUGGGGUGCAUGAAAGAAAAGGAAAAAAAAUUCAAAACAAAUUUUUAUGUGAAGUUUCAUCUCGUGAGGAAAAAGGCAGGCGUUGUAUUUUUCAUACUUUUUCUUCAUACUGUGAAAUAUAUCCUAACUGUUACAGAUGUACUUGAAAAGUCAUCCUACUCGGAGAGCUAGAUUUUGUAGCGCAUUCAGGUUCUUUAAUUUAUAUAUUUUCUUGACCUAUGCAUUUUUUUAAAAAUCUUUUUUGUACCAUAUAUUUUUGAAUAGAGAACUGUGUUGCCCUGUUGGUUGUUAUGCCUUAAGUUGAGCUAAGAACCUAACAGUUCUUAAUUUUUUUCCAUUUUUGCUUUGGGUGUAAGAGGGGCGAGAGACAUUUUCAAAAAUGUACAUAAUCAGUGUGUGCUUUUCUUCAGUGAAACAUAAACACUGUUAGGUGUCUUCCAGGCUUCCACUGGAUGUAAAUACUGUGAAUUCUGUGCCCUUUUGUGAUGACCAAAUAGUUUGUUCCCUCAAGGAUGUCUGUACUGACUCUUAGCUUUGAGACCACUACUCUUACACACAUAAGGAUAUAGUGUGUGCGUGUUUCUAUUGCAUAUGUACUUUUUUGGGUGUUUUUAAUACAGAUUACUUUUAAAUAGUCUAAUCUUUGUGUGUGUGUUAUUAAGUAUUUAUUCCUCUUUUAUAUGUCUUAAAUGUGAACUACCUUUUUGGGGUCUCAAUUUCAACUGAGAUUUGAAUAGUCUGAGUUUAAAUACGUUCCUUGUGGAAAGAUUGUUUACAUCCGUAGUUUUAUUUGUGGCCACAAGGGGAAGCAGUGGAAAAGGAAAAGCUCGGUCAUCUGUUAAUAAAACCACGAAGGCAAGGAUUCUAUUAAACCUGUUUUUUUAAGUU